CUCGCUGUCCGCGUGGACUAAGACCAUCCUCGACGCAUGUUUUGUUGGUUAUACUUUUCAAUCUUACUCUUGAAAUCACCACGCAGUCUCAUCUUGUAACUCCAUCUCGCAGCUCUGCCUUACCGCCAAAAAUGUCUCUCAUCAACGUACCGCAUGAGCUUCUAGUUCUCAUAGUUCAGCACACCGACAUUCAAACGAUUCUAUCCUUACAAAAGACUUGCAGAGCGUUAUACAAUGCGACUCAGGAUAAACAGUUAUGGCUCAUUUUCUUGCAGCGCUUGGUUCACAGCAAAAACGCCCCUUUACAUUGCUUACUCCAAAAAUUCAAUAGUCUCACUUCACAGCAAGUUCAAGCUCUUGCCUGUCGUUCUGCUUAUCUUUGCGAUGCAUGGGCGCAUAACAGCCUCACGGCGCGUCACAUUAUCCGAUCCGAUCUACCGCGUUCAGUUACGUGGCUCAAGCUGGUCGAGGGCCGAUGGCUUCUUGUGGCUUCUAUGGAUACGAUGUGCAGCCGUUUGGAAGUCUACGACAUUUCCGCGACUGGGAAAGGAAUCUUCGGGCCUCUCGCCGGAUGCUAUCUCUCAGGGCCAAUCACCAGUGGAGAGGCAGAUAUUCGAAACGGUCAGCUUCGCGCGGCGGUAGCAGUUGACGCGAGGGUUCCGCAGCUGCAAGUCAUGUUGCUCCACGAGAUGGAAGGCGUUCAUUGUUUUGCCAAGGCCAUAACUCUGACUGGCUACGGCGAAGUAAUGUUGCUUUAUGAGGAUAUCGUCGUUUGUGGCAUUAAGGACAACAUCGCUACUCCGCAUGUCGUCUGUUUGGAUUCCAAUCACUCCCAUCGUUUAGAAACCGUUCCUGAUAACAAGGGAACCCGGAAAAAAGCUUGUAUAUGGAACGGUAUGAUCGUCACUGUCGGGGUCAUCGACGUCAAACUAUACAAUCUUCCCUCAUCCGAAAAACCUCCUGUGCUAUGCCAGACACUGCUUUUGCCUAUCUCCAUGAGCGGUGAACUCGAAGAAGUGUCAUUCAGCACUGGACACGCACCAUCGUUUUCAGCGCCUUUCAGUCGCUCUUCAUUGUGCACAGGACUCUCUUGGAUAAGACCAGUCGUAGUACCGGAAGAUGCUAAUGAAACUCCCGACCUAGGUAACAUCGCCCAGUUGACUUUGAGUCGCUGCCAAGAUCCGGAGCCAAUAGCCGAGUACGAGUUGACCGAGCCUAGGGCUUUCGCCAACUCCUUCGAUACAACAUCUUUCACAACAGGAGGCUCUGGGUAUCGGGCGUUGUAUGUUCAUAUGACGUCUGAAUCUUGCAUUCAAUUUCUAAGCCUCUUUCCGGAGCCUGUUCUUGGGCCCACCUUGGAGUGUCAUGACGCACUACCCAGUCUGUCCUCUUUUCCGCAGAUAGAUUAUGACGACGCUCUGGGGAUUGUAGUCAUCGGUAACCUGGCUGGGGAGCUAGCUAUAGUCGACCUCGUCGGAACUUCGCUCGAGUCCGUGUUCGAGGGCGAGCGCGUGCCAUCAACUUCGAACGAUGGCACAUCUGGGCUGGUACCGACAUCCCGAAUUCCAAUUGACGUUGUUCCAUCGCCUUGGAAUUGGUCGGUCGAUAUGUGCACCGAGGUUUAUGAGGAACUGUUAAUCUCAGACCACAUUGCAUCAAUCGAGUCUUCUGAACUCGACUCGUUGCCAGAGAACUGGAGAGAUCAAGGACCUCUGCGUUGUCUCAUCCAUCGAUGCGAAGACGUACCCUUUCGCGAAGACUUGUCUUUCGAGCUGUCCCACACGUUCGAAUACAUUGGUCGGGCGCACCUCAUUCUCUACGACAGCAUGAUCCAUCGUACGCUUUUAUCCAAGGGGGGCCUCUACUUCCUGCAUGAGGGCGGCUACCAGGCAGAUAACUUCUUCGUGUUCCCAGGAGGUACUACUCUGAACAGCAUCCUAGCUUGUAUUCGCGAAUCUCCCCAUACCGACUUCUCCAUACUCGAUCUCGAGGAGGUCAUUAUGCGUUCUUGGACAACCAUAGACAAAGAGGACAACAUGAGCGGAUUUGCGGUGGCAGAACGACGCGAUCACUCUAGAAAUCGGUUUGAGGACAUGCGGCUUGCGGAAGACGAGGAGAUAGGUGAAGUACGAAAUGAUAAGGAAGGCCGUUGGAAGGCCCAAGUUCCUGCGUUGCCUGCGCUGAGGAAUGCUAUUCCUCUGCAAGACGUUUCCAUGAGCGAAGUACAGGGAGACGGUUCUGUUCUAGCGAGGUUGUAA